AUGGAGGAAGUAAUGGAGUGGAUGUCAGCCAAUGGCGUGGCGCCAGAUGUCGUCACUUUAAACACUCUCCUGGCUGGCUUAGAAACGCAAGGCAAGGACGAAGCAGCGUGGAACCUUCUAACAAAGUUCGGCAUCCAGUACUCGUUUCACAAGCCACGGCGGACCACAGACGCUCAAAGCAAGCCGCUGGAGAGCAAGGCUUCAGAGAGCAAGAAGCACGAUCUGAAUUCGCAGAGCAAAUCGCACGAGCCGACUCCCAAUACCACGAUACAAGACGCCCCAACGGUCCCGCAGCACCUAGUGGCCGUGUCCGCCGCGCCCACCAAGGCCGCGGAGUUUGUGGAGGGAUGGUCUGUGCGGCCGGACCUGUUCACUGUGCGCACCGUGCUGCCUGUGUGCCGCAGAGGGCGGGUGGUGGAACGAGCGCUGGCGCUGUACUCUCUGGCUCUGGAAUCAGCGGGCUCUGCUAGUGGCAGCGGUAGCAGUAGCAGCAGCGGCAGCAGCAGGAACGAGGGGAGCAGCGGAAUUGUAGCCAGAGGAGGUGAGCGGAGUGGGAGCACCCGGCAGCAGCAGCAGCAUGGGGAGGUGGCAGCGGCGCUGAGGUUUGCUUGCAACGAGGAGAUGAAGCAGAUAAUCGCCACGCUGGAGCGACAGGUGGACGGAAACCGUCAAGCAGACGGAAACUGGCAGGCAGACGUUCACGUGCAGUCAGGGAAGGCCGAACAGAUAAGGAGCAGUAAGGCAGCUGCAUUGGCGCAGGAUAUAGCACAGGGAGACGCACGUAGGGAUGGUACUGCAACGAACGGGAUAGCCGCAGGCACAGUUGCAGGGGCAGCGUCAGGUGUGGGGGAGAGAGAGGGAGGGGAAGGGCGAAGUGAGGUAGCUGCUACUGGUGCUGCGGCGACAGCGAUAGGAGCAGCAGCGGUUGGGGCUAAAGCAGCAGCAGCUGUGACCUCCAGAGGCGAGUUUGCUGCAGGGAUGGAUGAGAGGGAAGAAGAGGAGGAACAGGAGGAGCAGGAGGAGCAGGAGGGGGAGGAGGCAGAGGAGGAGGAGGAGCAGGAGCGGGAGCAAGGGCAAAGAGCAGGGAGUAGGGGGGCAGGAGAGAGCAUGAUGAGGCAUGGCACAGCAGGUGCGUCCAGGGUGCUGUGGCUGUUGGAUCAAAUGGAAAGGGUGGGGAUAAAAGCGGAUGCGGAGACGUACCGCUUGGCCCUGCACGCUUGCUGUCUUGACGACCUCGUGGGUCAUGCCAAGCCCGUGGGCAUGGGCAGUUCUAAGGGCACAGGCAUGGGUCACCGUAAGCAUGGGCAUGGGCACAGGCAAGGAACUUGCAGGCAGAGGGAGAUUCGCACUCUCUUUGCUGCCAUGCGCAGCCACGGGUUUGUCCCUGGCCUGGACACGUGUCACCAGGUGAUUGGCGCGCUUGGCAGGGCGAAAAAGUGGUGGGCAGCACUGGAAGUUUUCGAGUCGAUGAAGGCACAGGGGCCUGCUCCAACCCCCGCCACGGAGAGGCUUAUUCGCGGGCACUUUAACAUUUUGCUGACGGCUGCCCGGAAGCGCGGGCUAUGGAAGUGGUCUGUCUCCCUGCUUUCCAAGAUGGAGUCUGCAGGUCUCCCACCAGACGCCUAUGCAUGGCGCACGGCGCUCGUAACAUGCGCCAAGGCAAACGAAACCGCUUCCGCUAUCAAGGUUUUUGAGGAUAUGGUGGAGACCGGGGUCCGGGCGGAUGCAGUGGCGUACGGCGCUUUGCUAAGUGCGCUGGAGAAAGGGGAUUUGUUGGAGCCAGCAGAGGCGGUGUGGGGGCAUAUGAGGAAGAUGGGUGUGGAGCCGAACAGGCAGGCGUACACUACUAUGAUUAUGGAGGUUUCAUCUGCCACUCCACCAAAUGCCACCACCUACCAGCAAGCUGCCAUUGCCCUUGCUGAUGCCAGUCACUGGGAGGCCGCCCUGUCCCUCAUCCCACGAGCGCGCUCUCGGGGGAUUGAACCCACGCCGUUGAUGUUUGAGGUGGUGCAGCGAUCCUGUGCCGCCAAUGGGGCAGACUUUGCAUCACAGUUGGCAGUUGUUUCAACCACUCGUGCGGAUUUGGUUGGUGGUGCGAAGAGUUGA